CCCCCCGGCGCCCAGCAGAGCCACCGUCUCCUCCUUCCCGAAGACGCCUCCAAAUUCCCAGCUGAAGCUUCUAUUUUUUUACGCCUGCGCUCGACAUCCGUACACACCUUCUCUCUCUUGCUCGCUUUCUCGCUCCUUCUCUCUCUCCUUCUCUCUCUACUUCUCGGGCAUUCGGCGGAGGAAGGCCGGGCGCCUCGCCGGAUCUGGUGCUCUCCGGCGGCAUUCUCGGGCCACUCCAUGGAAGCUCACGGCGCCGGUCUCCGCCGUGUGUUGGUCCUGGCAUUAUGCGUCGGCGGAAUCUGGUCCGCCUAUAUUUAUCAAGGAGUUCUGCAAGAGACUCUGUCCACCAAACGUUUUGGUCCUGAUGGGAAGAGAUUUGAGCACCUUUCGUUUCUGAAUUUGGCUCAAAAUGUGGUCUGUUUGAUCUGGUCAUACAUAAUGAUAAAAAUUUGGUCUGGAAGUGGUUCUGGAGGGGCUCCAUUGUGGACUUUUUGGAGCCCUGGAAUUACAAACACUAUUGGUCCUGCUAUGGGAAUUGAAGCACUGAAGUACAUCAGUUACCCUGCCCAGGUCCUGGCAAAAUCAUCAAAGAUGAUUCCAGUGAUGCUGAUGGGUACUCUAGUUUAUGGCAUAAGAUAUACCAUACCUGAGUACAUAUGCUCUUUCCUUGUGGCUGGUGGAGUUUCUACCUUUGCUUUAUUAAAGACCAGCUCAAAAACUAUCAGCAAGUUGGCACAUCCCAAUGCCCCUCUAGGAUAUCUUCUGUGUUUCCUCAAUCUUAUGUUUGAUGGAUUUACAAACGCGACUCAGGAUUCGAUUACAGCAAGGUACCCAAGGACCACUGCUUGGGACAUAAUGUUAGGAAUGAACCUUUGGGGUACCAUAUACAACCUAAUCUACAUGUUUGCCUGGCCACAAGGUAUUGGCUACGAGGCCAUCCAGUUCUGCAAACAGCAUCCUGAGGCAACGUGGGACAUUUUCCUCUAUUGCCUCUGUGGUGCAGUGGGUCAGAAUUUCAUUUUCCUAACCAUUAGCCGAUUUGGCUCUCUCGCUAACACCACCAUCACCACUACUCGCAAGUUCGUGAGCAUAGUUGUGUCCUCAGUAUUAAGCGGCAACCCCUUGUCAACCAAGCAAUGGGGUUGUGUUGUCAUGGUCUUCUCUGGAUUGUCAUACCAGAUCUUCCUCAAAUGGAGGAAAUUGCAGAGGAUGCAGAAGAAGAGGAAGGCCAUGUGAAUAAGGUUCUCUGACAACUCCUGGCCUUUAUAAUUAGCUCUUCCCGCGCCUCCCUAUUUACAACUUACUUUUUGGCUUGUAUAAUUGUGUCCUGAAGGUCCGGUAGUUUCAAAUUUAGGCCACAGGUAGCAUAUUGAUCAAUGUAAUUCAAUAGAUACUCUUACAAGGAGGAGAGAGUUUUGUCUUCAGAGUUGGCUUUCCUUUUGCUCGGUGCUCACUAAAAAAUCGUUCACUUAUCGGAACAUUCUGUGUCUGUUGCCCUAUCACAAUGGGUACAGACUUUGUCUGUUGCUAGAUUGGAUGAUAGAUUAAUACUUUGAUAAGCAGGCUCUGUUCAAAAUUAUGGAAUAAAUUCAUAGGCUUUUCUCAA